AUGUCGAAUGUUAAUUCACAUCAUUCCACUUCAUAUCAUUCUGAGAAUUCGUUAACCGAUGAUGAUCCAUCUAUCAAUUUAGAGGGGAAUUGUUUAAGCGCCAAUCUUAAUGAGGAUUCUAUGAUGAUAUUAUCUCAGUCAAUUGAUUCGAUACACACAGUUGGUACAAAUAAUGGCGAAGGAAAUGAGCAUCAAGUUCGCACAUUAUUUGUGAGUGGAUUACCUUUGGAUGCAAAACCCAGAGAACUUUAUCUAUUAUUUCGAAGCUUUAAGGGAUAUCUAUCUUCAACGCUUAAACCAGCGGGGAAAAAUGGAAAACUUACAGCGCCUGUUGGCUUCGUAACCUUUGAAUCACGAGAACAGGCUGAAGAAGCAAUGACGAAACUUCAGGGUGUUAAAUUUGAUCCGGAUGGGAAUCAGCAUAUGCGUUUAGAAUUUGCUCGAAGUAAUACUAAGGUUACGAAACCGAAAACGACAAUUCCUAUUAGUUUUACUAAUAUGAAUGCAAUUAACUCACAUCAAAAUGUAUUGAAUCAACAUACAUCAUUGGCUAAUUUGGGUUCAUGUCAAACAAAUCUUAUUUCUACUGGUAAUCUAACUGGUAUGGUUGCUAGUCUUCAACCAUCAAUAUUUGCUCAAUUGGCAGCUGCUGGAUCAACUAUUGAAACAUCAAAUGGAAUUUUCGCUUCAGUAGCAGAUGCUCAUCAGCAGCAGCGGCCGCUGCAGCAGCUGCUCAAUGGGCACCAAUUCCUGCAUUACCUUCACUUGCCUCUGCUUAUGAAAAUACAGCCUAUCUAUCUUCAGCAACAGGAUUACUUCAAGCUAAUAAUUUUCGAACUUUGGUCUCCGGAAAUAUGA